GAGAGCGCUGUCGUGACGUAAGCAACAGGUUGAACGGAGCCCCUCGCGGACGCCCAGUGCCCGCACUUCUGUUGUUUCCCUGUCCGGAGCUCGCGCGGCAUCAUCAUCAUCAGCGGCACACGCGGAGCCGACUGCGUGCAUGUGUGUGAGGCUGCGCUGCUGCACGAGACCACUGCAGCAUUCGGCUGGUGCCUCAGAACCCAUUUUAAAAACUAAAGGCUCAAAACGAGACGGAGAAAACGGACAGCGGCGGGAAAACUGACGUCCUUCAGGUAAAGAGUUUGGUGGCCAAAAAUCCAGCUUUUCCCUUCUCGCUGUCCUACAUGUCUUCUCUCCUUUUCUGUCUCUCUCUGUGAUGCUGGGCUGGGGCUGACUGUAUGCCCGUGACCAGACUGAAGCUGGGGAAGCUAAAGGUGGUGCGGCGGCAGCUGCUGCAAAGGUAUGAACACCAGCCAUUUGUCUCCUGCCUGGCUGGCCUCUACGGCUGCCAAUGGAGACGAUACCAAAGAGCCCGGGCACAGCCGGGAGAGUGCUGCUGCAGCAAGGUGGAGUGUGGCAGCUUUGGCCUCCUGAUCCUCACCUUUUUCCUGAGUUUUGUGUUCCUCUAUUUCUGGAGUGAAGCCCAGAACGACUACAAUGACUUUGACUGGUUUAACUUUGGGAAUCUUGGGUUCUGGUUCCCCUGGUCUCUGGUCCUGCUGAUUGUUGCUGCGGCUCUCUUCACAUACAUCUCUCUGCUAUUGGUGCUGGCGGUGUGUUUGCUUUCUGAGGGCCAGAGGUUGUACCUUCACUGGAGCCACAAGUCUGGUAUUGUGGUGACGCUGGCGUUCUCCGUCACAGCCACCGCCAUCCUCUCUGACCUCUGGAGCAAAGAAUGGAAGACUCUCCUCCUCUCUCUGCAGGUCACAGCACCUUACCUACAUGUGGCUGCAGUGUCAUUGAUGGCGAUUCUUUCCUGGCCAAUAGCAUUACAUUUCUUUCGCAUGAACAAGAAAGUCCGUCAGGUGGCCGUCCUGGGACUCUUUCUGUCCGUGCUGUUCUCGCUCUACUUGGUUCCUCUGGGAAUGUACUCGCCCUGCAUCAAAGAGGCGGGAACUCUGGGACCUGCCCCUACUCUCAUUGGGCACAGAGGAGCUCCAAUGCUCGCUCCGGAGAACACUGUGAUGUCUUUUGAGAAGGCAGUGGAAGCUGGAGGAGAAGGACUGGAGACUGAUGUCACCAUCAGUUUUGAUGGCGUUCCCUUCCUGAUGCACGACUCCACCCUGAAGAGGACCACUAACAUCGCGGAGGUUUUCCCAAACAGGACACACCUCGACGCCUCCAUGUUCACUUGGACCGAGCUGCAGCAGUUGAACGCUGGUGAUUGGUUCUUAUCGAGGGAUCCGUUUGGCACCGUGUCAUCCCUCUCUGCGGCAGACCGCUCCCAGGCCCAGAACCAGUCUAUUCCCUCACUGGUCCAGUUCCUGGAGGUAGCAGCCCGAAGUGGUAGACUCGUGCUGUUCGACCUGCGCAGGCCACCGCUUGGACACCCAUACAGUCUGUCAUACAUCAACACCACUCUACAGGUGGUACAGGCCCACAUCAACUCCUCGCAGGUCCUGUGGCUGCCAUCUGAAGACAGGGACCAGGUCCAGGCUGUGGACCCACACCUGCAGCAGACCUCUGGAGAAAAGGCUUCUAUCCAGGAGUUGACAGACGGACACAUCACCAGACUGAACCUGCACUACAGCACCAUGUCUCAGCAACAGAUCCGAAAGUACCAGUCAGUGAACAUCAGCACUAACCUGUAUGUGAUCAGCCAGCCUUGGCUCUACACACUGGCCUGGUGUGCUGGAGCGCAGUCCGUGACCACCAACUCCAUCCACAUCCUGUCCAACAUCAACAAGCCGCUGUUCCUGAUGACCUCAGAGGAAUAUAGUCUGAUGUGGAUUCUUACUGAUGUGGUGUCAGCCUUCCUCAUCACUGCAAUUUUCAUAUUCCACUGGUGGAGAGAGCGAGGCCUGCCCUUCUGGUCCGGCAGCCGGCAGACUCACGAGAAUGGACCAUACAGCAAGUUCAGGACAGAGCUCAGCGAUGUUUGGUCCAUCUCCAGCGUCACUGUCCGGCCUGAUUUACGGAGCAUGCCUACUUCACCCAGCACCCCUCACCUGCCCACCAUCACAGAGGAGUGAGAGGGAGGGAGAUUAAAAAAGGAAGGUGCAAGUCAGGAAAGGACAGAUAAGAGAUGGAAAAAGUCCUUGUUGAGAGUGUGAUGAAGGCCUGUCAAACUCUCUGAUCUUAAGCUUUUGUUAUUUAAUUAUUGUUGCUUAUAAUAGUCAGUCUAUUACUUAGCAUCAGUUUAACACCCACAAAAUCGAUGUGGAUUGAUGGGACUUGACAGACAGUGUGAGCAGCCAACACAGCAUUUGUCUUCACAUUUUGAUGGAAAACUCCGAGCAGUGCACAGAAAUUUGUGACACCACCUUUUAACAAACAAAUGAAAACUAAAAAUGUUUGGAAGUCAUGACAGAGAGAGCAGAAAGUAGACGGCACACUCUAUUCUCCAUCUGUCAUCCUCUCGGUCUGUGGGUGGGCCGCCUGUGGAAGACGAACAGCUGGAAAUAAAAAGCCUUCAUUCAUUUCCCAUCAGAGAUGAAGCAAAUGGACUGUGGACACGCGCCCUGGGGUGUCCGUUUCCAUACUGUAAUCUCAUGAUGCCAUUAAAUUCCUCAAAGUGAGGACAGUUAAAGACGAGACCAGAGGAUGAGGACGUUUUCAUUUCUGGUCAUUCGGCACGGUGAACGAACAAAAUAAUGAACGUCUGCAGCUGCAGUGAUCCAUCAGUCACCUUUGUGCGUCUGCUCGCUGAUGAAGGACCAAAUGUUGAUCAGAGACGCUCUGUGAUAAACUGUAAACACAGAAGAAAUGAAAUUGACUCUUACAUAUGAGCUGUGCUUUUUCAUUUUCAGCUGUACAGACAUCAGGUGCAUCAGACAAAAACCUUAAACCAUGUCUUAAAUUAUCACUUGUGUGUCUGUGAAUUGCUAGAUUCAGUGUGUGAACUCGAUACUGUUGGACUGACAGAAUGAAUGUAAACCAAAGGCUCGGGAAGGGUACAGUUCAUCUAUCUGUGUACUAAAGUGAAUGUAAUAUUAAGUUUCCAAAAAGUAUGCAGAUUUUUGGCUGUAUUUUCCAACAUGACAUUUUUCCCAGGGUCAGAUCUCAAUUUUACCACCGUGGGGAAAAAGUCAUUUAAAUUAGUUUAUAUAUACAUAUAUCUCUAUAUAUUGCUGGUUAGCUUAAUCUAUAAGUACUAUAGCAUAAUUAAUCAGUAGGUUUAUUUUUUUAUAGUAAUAGUCUAAACCUGCAAUUAAUAACUAGAGCUUUAAGAUAAAUGUAGUGGUUUAAACGUCCUACUGUAGGCUCCCCCUGCAUGCUGCAGGCAUCACUGCUCGAGAGAGACGGCGGCUGCUGCCAGCCUGCAGAGGUUUACAAGGAAUCUGCAAAAUGUAAUGAUGGUGACAAACUAAACAUUCAGUUUGUCUGCAUCCAAUCAGCUUUUGUUUUAUCUUAUUUCAGUCGCUCUGUCACCGUGUCAAACACAGCUGGCGGUGGAUGGUACCAGGUGUGAAGUUAGUUUUGUAGAUCAAGGACUCUCAUUGGCUUUUUACCUGUACUGGUUUUGAAUGUGAUUGGGUCAACGUGCCACUCACAGCCCUUCCUCUUUGCUCUGUCUGUGUGUGUGUGUGUGUGUGUGUGUGUGUGUGUGUGUGUGUGUGUGUGUGUGUGUGUGUGUGUUUUAAGUCUUUUACAGUUUAUGGAUCCAUCAGUUUGCUGGGGUCCACUUUGGUCCAGGUGAUGUAAAUUUUCUUAUCUGAUAUAAAGCAGGAGUGUCCGUGUGGAGGCCUGCGGGGGUGGUUGGGCAGUCUUUGAGCGGACUUCAGAGACAUUAUGAAUGAACACCGCUCUGUGAUGUCUGCAGCUGACUGUGUAUAUUCCCCACCACUGCUCUUCACUCAGAUUCAAACCGACACGUGGGUUUUUUUGUUUUUUUGUUUUUUAAACUGGCUGCUGGUAAUUUUAUUUUGGUGUCUCAUCAGUGCCAAGUGUGGUAUCAGUGUCAGAGAAACCAGACUACUUUAAUAAGUCCAGUAUCAGCGUUGUCUUCAAAUAUAUAGCCAGUAUUUCCUGGCUACACACUGAAUCUGUACUGUGUUGUCUUAACUUAAACUGAUUUCAGCGAUGAAAUUCAGAGCGUCUUGUCAGCUUUGCAGGUGUGAAAUCCGCAGGGUGAUGCGGCCUUGGCUUUUCUGCUGUGAGCGGAUUUGUUUUUCAUCACUUUGAUCGCACAUCAUACGUAAAUGUGCCGGAUUCUUAUUUAGAAAAUACAAAAUAGUUUCUAAAAAUUCUCCAAUGGUGACUCAUUAUGCUAAAAGUGCAGUCUUUGCUACAAGCACAUGUUUAAUGGACCAAUUUCUGUGUGGAAAUGUGAGUAAAAACAAAACACUGGAAACCUGUC